AUGGAGGGUGACAACAAUUUUAGUAAAAUUAGCCAGCUAGAGAACAGUCCCUUCUCAAUGAUGGCUCCAUCAACCCUUCCCCUAUCCCCUUCUGGUUUAUCUCAAGUGUGGAAACGACCUUAUUCGAUGAACCAUUUUGAAAAUGAGGAAGGCAAUGAAGGAGCCGCGACUCAUUUCCAGCCCUUGGAUACCCAGACCACCACCGGUGCCCUUAACCCUACUCAUACCGCCACCACUAACCCUACCCCUACCGUCAUCCCUACCCCAACCCCUUCCACCACCACCACUGAAGUUGAAGCAAUAAAGGAUAAGGGAAAGAAACACCAGGAAGAAUAUUCUAAUAGCUGUGAUGCUGAGACUGCUGACCAAUGUAAUGAGAAUAAAACUGUAACUGUCAAACCUAAGGAGGAAAUAGACGACACUCCGAUUGGUGGUCUUCUUCAGAUUAGAGUAGGUCGAAAUACAGCUCCUGAGUCACUGGAUCCGAGAAGGCUCAAGAGGAUCUAUUCAAACCGGGUUUCGGCUCAAAAGUCUAGAUUAAAGAAGCUUCAAUACACUGUUGAUAUGGAAAAUAAGGCUAGAGUUCUGGAGGCUCGAGUAGCUGUGCUAAGUCCUCAAGUUGAGUUCUUCAAAAACCACAAUAAUUCUCUGCAAAUGGAACGAGUUGCGCUGAAAGAAGCGAUUUCUGCUUGCGCGAUAAAGAAGUUACAUAACGAUGCUCUAAUUGAAGAAAACAAAAAAGAGGUGCAGAAAUGGAGGUUACUGCAUUGGAAGAAUCUUGAACAGCAGAAAAUUCAAAUGCAAGCAAGCAUGUUUAUGAAUAUGGAUGGUGCAGGGCCAAUGGACCCGAAGAUGGUGAACAACCCAGGUUUCAUUCAAUCUAAGCUGGAAAAGAUGUUAUUUAAUCCAUACUCAAUAAAAGGUAUAACCCAGGCCAACCUAAAUUCCAAGUUCUCACCAAUUUUGCGGUAUAUUGCAUCUUGA